AUGGGUGUACGAGCAGGUAUCGUUGUCUGCACAACCUCGUUUCUUCUCGGUUCUCUGUUUACCCACUGGAUUGCAGACUCUCUCACACUCUGGAAGUCGCCCGUCACGGACGAGCACCUUUGGACCGCAGCCUUGUACUAUUCUAUACUCACAAAGGCACCCAUAGAACUCUUAUAUGUCCUCUUUGCCAUCGUUGCAUUGGGAGGCAUCACGAUAUUUUGGAGCUUCCGCGAUGGCGAAGCUGGCAACCUCAUGUUCGACGGAGGUAGUAUAGUCCUCUAUGGUACGACAGUGAUGAUGUACUUGUACUCUGUUAUCCCCAGUGUAGUGGCCAAGUUCUCAUCGCUCCCACACUAUCGGAUUGACGAACCCUUCCCCCGCCUUCUUCGAUCCUCGACGCUUGAGCUCGCCUCCAAUCACCUCAUCUGCAGUGUCGCACUCACCGGCAUCCUCAUUCUCCAAGCCGGCAGAUGGUGGGCUGAACUGUCUGAUGGAGAUGACGAACCGACGUACUUCCAGGAAAAAUCAGAGGGACCCGGCACACCCGCUGAGGAGCCCAUAUCUCAACCCCACGUUCCGAUACCCCCACUUUAG